CGGGGCCGGGUCGUUGCCGGGCCCGGGUACGAGGUGCUUGGAGCGACCCGGGGCGGAGGGAGAGCGGCGGGCACGCGCGCCAUGAACCCGAAGGCGGGCGAUGAGGAGGAGGACUGCGUGGAUUCGGGCGCCGAGACCGGAGGGUCCGACUACAGCCAUCUGUCCUCCACCAGCAGUGAGCUUUCUGUGGAGGAGACACAGGACCCUUUCCUGGUGAGCAUCCACAUCAUCGCAGAUCCAGGGGCAUCCCAGCCACUGCAAGAGGCCAUCGACAAGGUUUUGGCGUGGGUUCACCCUGACCUCCCACUGUUCCGGGUGUCUGAGCGGCGCACAAGCAGGCGAAGACGGAAGUCCCCCAAGGGUGCUCAGCCGGCGCUGGCUGUGGUGCUGUUCCUGCAGGAAGAGUACGGAGAGGAGCAGAUCCUGCAGGUGCACCGGGUGCUGCAACAGCCGCCCUGGCGCCAUCACCACACAGAACGUGUGCACGGCCGCUUCCUACCCUACCUGCCCUGCAGCCAGGACUUCUUCACUCUGGCUCCCGGGACCCCUCUGUGGGCCAUCCGGCCGGUGCACUAUGGCAAAGAGAUUGUGCGCUUCACCAUCUACUGCCGCCACGAUAGCUAUGCAGACAGCCUCCGUUUCUAUGAGCUGAUCCUACGCCGGAGCCCCAGCCAGCGGAAAGCAGACUUCUGCAUCUUCCCCAUCUUCUCCAACCUGGAUGUGGACAUCCAGUUCUCCUUGAAAAAACUGCCCCGCGACCAGAACCCGGUGCCCACUGACUCCUCCGUGCUGGAGUUCCGAGUGAAGGACAUUGGGCAGCUGGUGCCCCUCCUUCCCAACCCCUGCAGCCCCAUCAGCGAGGGGCGCUGGCAGACUGAGGACCACGAUGGCAACAAGAUCCUUCUGCAGGCACAGAAGACACACAAGAAGGUCCCCAAGUGUAGCCGAGCGCACCGCUCCGAGAAGAAGCCUCGUUCCACUCCGUCUACAACCAUCGACACACCGAGCACAGCACAGGACAGCAGCAAGACAGCCCUGCAGAGCAGCCCCUUCCUGGGGCCUAGCCAGGUGACCCUGCCUCCCAGGAACAAGCACGAGUGUACCCCACAGUCAAGUAACUUCAGCCAUGCCCGGUCUUUCCAGAGAAGCAAGUCUUUGUUUUGUUUGCCCAGUGGAGGCCCCUCUCCCGCUGAACCACAGCCUCUCCUGACUGGUUCCCAGAGACACAGUGCCUCAGAGUGGAGGCCCGGCCACCUCCUGUCCGUUGAUGACUUAGAGGGGGCCCAGGAGACAGAUGUGGACACGGGCCUGCGGCUGUCCUCUUCAGACCUGUCUGUGGUCUCUGCGUAUUCCGCACCCAGUAGGUUUUGCAACACAGUGGAGUCUUCCCUCCCCUCCAAAAGAUGUAGCAGCCACUGGCCAGCACCCAAGAGUCCCAAGGAAGGACCACUGCCUGCUGCCGCCAGUGAGGUGAGCCCAGCCUCCUCCUUGGAUUCCCACCCUGAAUUCACCAAAGGGUCUCCCAGUCCUACAGAAAAAGCUACUGCUGCCCUCUCCACUUCUGGGGUCUCCUCGCUAGCACAGCCAUCCCCACAGCUCCCUUGUCAUGACCCCAAAGCCACACAGAGUGGCCAAGACGCGCUACCGCCCCCAACAACAGCUGGCCCGGAGGAUAACGACAUGGAAGAGUUCUACAUCUGAGCACUUCCUGUUUUUCAGGCAAUCAGUCACAUAAACUCCAGCACCACUGCCCCACCCCAUCCCACCCC